UCCCAAUUCUUUCUUUGUACUUAACACUAAUUCUCCUCUUUAACCUUCAUGGCAACUAUUCAAAAUGCUUUAUCUAUUUCAAUUUCUGAAAACCAAUCUGGUUCAAAACAGCACCAAAUGUCUCCGGAGGAGGACUUUGAUUUCUCGCAAAGGGGACAAUGGCUCCGCGCAGCUGUGUUGGGAGCCAAUGAUGGCUUAGUUUCAGUUGCUUCUUUAAUGAUGGGUAUUGGAGCUGUGAAAGAAGACGCCAAAGCCAUGAUUCUUUCAGGCUUUGCGGGUCUAGUUGCGGGUGCAUGCAGUAUGGCUAUAGGAGAAUUUGUUUCAGUGUACACUCAACUAGACAUAGAAGUAGCCCAAAUGAAGAGAGAGAAUAGAAUGACAGAAAACAAGGAAGACAAAGAGAGAGAGCAGCUGCCCAAUCCUAUGCAAGCAGCUCUCGCAUCGGCUCUAGCAUUUUCCAUAGGCGCGAUUGUUCCUUUACUUGCUGCUUCCUUCAUAGGAGACCAUAAGGUGAGGAUGGGAGUGGUGGUAGCAGCAGUGAGUUUGGCGUUGGUGAUUUUCGGAUGGAUUGGGUCUGUACUUGGAGGUACCCCUGUUGUGAAGUCUUCUAUCAGGGUUCUGUUGGGAGGGUUGAUGGCAAUGGCCAUAACUUUUGGACUAACCAAGCUGAUUGGAACUAGUGGACUUUAACUUGUCAUUUUACUCUACUGGAUUAUGAAAUAAAAUGCAUGUCUUUCUCUUUUUGUAUUAUGUCCGAAGUGUACCACAAGAAAUUAUGUAAUA